ACAAUCUGCCCGCGAAUCGACUCUCCACUCGGCCUUCACUUUGCACUUUCUCUUCCUACCACAUUCUACUCUUUCCAUUAUUUUGAUUUUGUUAUUAAUGUCCUUCGCAUAAUUACUCGGUCUGCGGUUAGAGGCAAAGCUGUACAAAUGUGAAAUAGGGAGGGUGAAAAUCCUAGUACAAUGGUCAUCAAAAUCUGAUUUGAUCUUGCUUAUCGGCUUAUCUCAACGAAUGACUUGGGACUUGUAGUGUCUUGGAGUAUAAAUAAUCAUGUGGAUGUCCAAUUUGAGUUGGACAAGAUGGACCGGUUAUCCUAUUCGGAUUGGACAACAAUACCGAAGGUUAGCUUUAGUAUUGACCAAGCCUUUAAGUGGAGGGCCGCCGGGGAGAGCAACAUGGACUCUUAAAGCUUUUUUGAACGGCAAACACGGAGUUCCCGUACAUCGCAGAAACGUCGCUGAUGCAAAAUUUCAUGGCGGAUUAAAUAAUACUGGAGGGGGUUACGUUUUAACGCAGUUUAUAGUGGGAAAAAGAAAACUAUUCACGUCAGCUUUAAAGCUGGUAGAAUCUAACAAUAAUAUUACAAUUUCUGCUUCUAAAAAUCUGGUGAAAAAGACCGUGCCCAAAAAAGAAUUUGGACGACUGCUCUCUUUAGCAAAGAGUGAAAAAUGGACGCUAACUGGAGCCAUUACACUGUUGCUGGUAUCUAGUGUAGUCACAAUGUCGAUUCCCUUCUGCUUGGGAAAAGUUAUAGACAUAAUUUAUACUGGAGAUAAUCCUGAAACAACUAAAGAUAACCUAAAAAAGGUUAGCCUGGCAUUGCUGGGAGUUUUUUUGAUUGGCGGGUUAUGCAAUUUUGGACGGACAUACCUCAUGCAAUUGUCAGGCCAAAGAAUCACAAAUAAAAUGCGGACCAACGUGUUUUCCUCUAUUCUAAAACAAGAUAUAGCAUUUUUUGAUAAAAACAAGACAGGAGAGCUCAUCAAUAGAUUAUCGGCAGACACAUCCUUAGUUAGCCAAUCUGUCACCAUGAAUAUUUCGGACGGGCUACGUUCAACUUUUAUGAUAACGGCAGGUGUUGGAAUGAUGAUCUACGUCUCCCCCAAAUUGGCAAUUGUGGGAUUAAGUAUUGUCCCACCAGUAGCAGGUAUGGCGAUUAUGUACGGAAGAUAUGUCAGGAACAUUACAAAAAAAGUGCAAGAUAGUUUAGCAACCGCCACUCAGGUUGCUGAGGAGAGAAUAUCCAAUAUCCGAACAGUUCGAGCGUUUAGCCAAGAAGGGCUUGAAAACCGAAUUUAUGAAAAUCGAAUAACCGAAUUAAUGCAACUGGCAUACAAAGAAGCGCUAGCGAAAGGAAUUUUUUUCGGAAUGACCGGACUGAGUGGAAAUUUCAUAAUUUUAUCAGUUCUCUACUACGGUGGAGCAAUGGUCAGCGAUCACACCAUCACUGUUGGUGCCUUAUCUGCGUUUCUGUUAUAUGCUGCCUACACUGGAGUUGCAUUAGGGGGACUAAGCUCUUUCUAUUCCGAAAUGAUGAAGGGUUUGGGUGCUUCAACUCGACUCUGGGAAUUAAUUGACCGACAGCCUUCCAUUCCUUUAUCAGGAGGAAUAGUAAUGAAGGAAUUAGAAGGAAAUAUUAAAUUUACGAACGUGUCGUUUGCAUAUCAAACCAGAGCUGACGCCCCGAUAUUCUCCAACGUGAAUCUGAGCAUUCCUGCAGGCUCUAUACUAGCAAUCGUGGGAGCUAGCGGUUCUGGGAAAUCCACGUUAGGAUCUCUACUUCUUCGGUAUUAUGAUCCAACUUCAGGAGUUAUAAGUAUUGACGGGACAAAUAUUUCUGAUCUGGAUCCCCAUUUUCUGAGGCAACAAAUCGGAACUGUGUCGCAGGAGCCGAUACUUUUUUCUUGCUCAAUUAGAGAUAAUAUUUUAUAUGGGGCUAUGCAUCCCGAAGAAGUGUCUGAAGAAAGGAUUCAUGAAGUUGCCCAAGAAGCAAACGCCCUGGAUUUUAUUUUGAAGUUUCCUCAAAAGUUUGAUACAGUAGUCGGUGAGAGAGGCAUUAUGCUGAGCGGAGGACAGCGGCAAAGAAUUGCUAUUGCACGGGCGUUAAUUAAGAACCCUCGAAUUCUCCUCUUUGAUGAAGCAACUAGUGCCUUGGACGCAUCGAGUGAGCAUUUAGUUCAGGAAGCGUUGGAACGUGUUGCCAAAAAUCGGACUGUCAUUUCUAUAGCACAUAGGCUUUCAACGAUCCGGAAUGCAGAUAAUAUUGCCGUUCUGAGCGAGGGAAAAUUUGUUGAAGUUGGUGCUUACGAGGAUUUAAUGACCAUUGAAAAUGGAAUGUUUCGAAAACUAGUAGAAAGGCAAACAAUCCAACAGUAGUAGCUCUCCGGUAAUGUAUGUAGCUUUAUUCUCGUAGCAGUGCUCAGAUAUUUAUUCCAUUUUAAAUACCAAAGAAAGAUUUACAACCUAUGCAGUUAUGUAUACAUAAAUUUUAUUUUCAAGAGAGUCAAUAAAUGGUUCAUAAUUGUUUACAAUUGA